CAAAGUGGUGUUUACCCAUAGCACGCACCUCUGGGUGUCACUAUUAGAUCAGAAAACCACAGACCACACUGUCCCUCCCCUUUCAAAGCUUUUGUUUCCGACUGAACAGGACACAUGUGGUUGUCGAUUCAAGGACGACAGUCGGCGGCCGCGUUUCGCGUUGCAAAUAUGCGAUAUUCAGCGGUUUGCACAAAUUGUUUGUCGAAGUAACGGGCUACUGUGUGUGUGCGUUGCUGGAUCAAGAUGGGAAAAGCUACAAAAGCUCCAACGUGGAACUGCUACUGGUUUGCUUUUCAAUUGGCGCUACAGCUGCUUUUCGGGAAACAGGCUUUUGCUCAGAUACGGUACUCUGUUCCAGAGGAGGUGAAAGAUGGAACUGUUGUUGGAAAUGUUGCGAAAGAUCUGGGGCUUGACAUCACUUCUUUGACUGAUCGACGUUUUCGAGUUGUUUCUGGGAGUAAGGAGGCCUUUUUUGAGGUAAACCAGGACAAUGGGGCUCUGUACGUGCAUAGAAAAAUCGACAGAGAGGAGCUCUGUCAAGGAAGUGGUGCAUGCCUGAUGGAGCUGAAAAUUCUUGUAGAAAAUCCUUUGGAAAUGCAUCAUAUUGUUGUAGAAAUUACUGAUGUAAAUGAUCAUUCCCCGAGUUUUCCUAAGAAAGAACAAAAAUUUGAAAUCGGGGAACAAACACUGUCAGGAAGGCGAUUCCAGCUGCAUACUGCUCGUGAUCCAGAUGCAGGAAUUAACUCUAUUCGUACCUACACAUUAACGUCAAAUGGAUAUUUUGAAAUAGACAUUCGUCAAAGCGACGACGACAAAAUACCAUUUUUAGUGCUGAAGAAGUCCUUAGACAGAGAGCAAAAAGGGAAACAUUCACUCGUGGUUACAGCAGUUGAUGGAGGUAAACCUCCCAGAUCAGGAACGCUAAAUGUUUCUGUUAUUGUUCUUGAUAGCAAUGAUAAUCGCCCAAUGUUUAGUCAGGAGAGUUACGAAAUAACACUGCAAGAAAACGUUCCAGUUGGCACGACAAUAUUUCAAAUGAAUGCGACGGAUCCAGACGAAGAUACAAACGGAGAAAUUGAAUACAGCCUUGGAAAUACGUUGAGGCAGAAGGUUUAUGAUAUUUUUGAAUUGGACAAAAUAACUGGCGAAAUCAUAGUAAAAGGAAUGGUGGACUUUGAAGAAAACGAUGUUUAUAAACUCGACGUUGAGGCAUCAGAUAAAGGUGCACCCCCACUGACGGGUGAGUGUAGAGUGAUUUUAAAGAUCAGAGACGUCAAUGAUAAUCCGCCAGAAAUAGAAAUUACAUCAUUGUCAAAUACAGUGCCUGAAGACUCAAAACCUGGAACAGUCAUUUCACUACUUAGUGUAACAGACAAAGAUUAUGGAGUCAAUGGGAAAAUAAUUUUAAGUAUAACUUCAGACGGCCCUUUUGAGUUAAAGCCAUCAUAUAAAGAAAACAUAUAUUCAGUUGUCACAAAGGAACAUUUGGAUCGAGAGCAGGUGUCUCAUUAUGAAAUAAUAAUAAUUGCCACAGACUGUGGUGAGCCUUCUUUAUCUACCUUUAAAACAUUGAGCAUUCAGAUAUCAGAUGUAAAUGACAAUAGUCCACAGUUCUCACAAAAUCCAUUACACUUUUACCUGUCAGAGAAUAAUGUUGCUGGAAAGUCAGUUUUCUCUGUAAGUGCAACGGACAAAGAUGUGAAUGACAAUGCAGCUAUUUUAUAUCAUAUUGUGAGAAAAGGAAGUCCGAAUGAUGUAUUGUCUUUCCUCAAUGUGAACUCUGAUAAUGGACAUAUCACAGCACUGAAAAGUUUUGAUUUUGAAACACUGAAAACUUUUCAGUUCCAAGUUGUUGCCACAGAUUCUGGAGCUCCGUCUCUCAGCAGCAAUGUCACAGUCAACGUCUUUAUUCUGGAUCAGAACGACAACGCUCCAGUCAUCCUGUAUCCACUCAGCUCCAACGGAUCUGCUGAAGGUGUGGAGGAGAUUCCCCGAAAUGUCAACGCAGGACACUUGGUCACCAAAGUCAGAGCCUAUGACGCUGAUAUAGGAUAUAACGGCUGGUUGCUCUUCUCACUGCAGGAAGUCACUGACCACAGUCUCUUUGGUUUGGACCGAUAUACAGGACAGAUCAGAACACUUCGCUCAUUCACAGAGACAGACGAAGCUGAACACAAACUGGUCAUACUGGUCAAAGACAAUGGAAACAUUUCACUCUCAGCAACAGCUACUGUCAUUGUCAAACUUGUGGAGCCCAAAGAGGCUUUUGCAGCAUCUGAUGUCAAAAGUGCAGCAAAAGUAGAUGAAGAUGAUAAUGUGACAUUUUAUCUGAUGAUAACUUUGGGAUCAGUUUCUGUACUUUUCCUCAUCAGCAUCAUCGUGCUGAUUGCAAUGCAGUGCUCCAAAUCCACAGACUAUACUUCCAAAUAUCUGCAAGAGACUAAUUAUGAUGGGACACUGUGUCACAGCAUCCAGUACAGAUCUGGAGACAAACGCUACAUGUUAGUUGGACCCAGAAUGAGUAUAGGAUCUACUAUAGUUCCUGGCAGCCAUGCAAAUACUCUAGUGCUCCCUGACAGGAGGAGGGCAUCUGAAGAGGUAAGGCAGUUUUUGUGAAAAACAUGACUUGAUUUCAUUAGCAGUGCAAUUUAUUAUUUGUUCAUGCAUUAGUUUAGUCCCUGCAUAUCGUCUGUGUGUUUCGGUUUGCUUGGUAUCACACUAUAGAAGGACACUUGACUAUGACCCUGCAGUUUCAGGUACAAUUUUGAUCAUACUUUACAUCCUGUUCAGCUCAGUUGUGACUAUAACACAUACAAAUGCUCUAGUGAUACCUGACUUUGAGGAGACCACUUGCAGAAGUAAAGAUUUAACAAUGCAGUGCUUCAAAACAUGAUUGCAACAUGUCUAAUUCAUUUAGUGUACAUACUUGGACUGACAUUAUGUCCAGAACCUCUUCAUAUAAUGUCCAUCAACAACUGAAUUUCACAAAUUUCAGAUCAUGUGGUGUGACAGCAUCUGCUUGGACCUGUGUCACAGUUUUGUU